GUCAUUCGUUCAUCAUCAGCAUCAACAUCAGAUGACAGCUUCACCUGUCGAACCGCCACCUCUUCUCGAGCCAUAAUUGAAGGACGUCCUUUCAGAGCUGAGCAAACAGCCAUGAGUUCUACGGCUGACAUCAUAUACAUCUACAAAGACGGACCCGAGUUUCCGGACUCGGAGCUGACGGGGGAACAGCAGCUCGCGGAACAAAGGGCGUACGUGGAGUCUUUCGCCAAGUUCGAAGAAGAAGAGGCGAAUAAUGGGGAUGACAAGGACGAACAUGCUUCUGAUUCGGGGACAGAGGAUUAUAUUCCGAGCGACGAUGAAGGUGCGGAUCCCUUGGCAGAACCGCCCGCGGAUGUCGAACAGUCCAUCACAAACGACGGAACAUCUCGUUUCCUCCAGGAAAUCCUCUCUGAAGAACGAAGAGUUCAAGGAUGGCAAAGUAUUGUCGAGGAGAUAAACAAAUUCAUGAAGACUGUUCCACCGAGAGAUAUAACGGCGUCGAAGAACUUGCUGAAUCUGUCCUGCGCUUUAAAGUUAGAUCAGCAAACAGGGGUAGACGUCGUCAUAUGGACUGGGGAUGAUUCCCACUUUGCUCUUCCCGAAUACUGGGAUUAUACAUUGGACUGCAUCAAGAAGAUGGAUGCUCGAGAAACUGUCGACGGCAUUGUGGGAAAGCUGUUCAGAUCAGCCUUUACCAAGUACCGGGACGACAUCCAGGCAUUGAUGGUCGAGGCCGGCCAGGUACAACCGUCAGGUGAUACGGCUAUGGAGGAGGACGAAGUCAAUUUCAUCUCCUGGAUGGAAUACUUCGGGCGAAGUGGAAGCUGGAUGACCACAAGCGAAUUGUUAACCCGGAUCUGGAAUCACCUCUCCACGUACGGUCCCCCUCCAUUGGUGUCAUUGGACAAGCCGCGAUCCCUUUUUGAGUGUGUGCCUCCCAAGAAGGCCGGGGACCCUAUCGUUGCGCAAAGAGAUCUGCGCAACAUAGUCCUGCUUUACCAUUACUUCCGCACCAGAAGCGAGACGUUGAUCUCCCAGAUCACUGAUCAGAUGAUGGACGAGGAAGAUUCUCAGGGCCAUCGACUGCGAAUGGUCACCGAGAUCGUCCGGUUGAGAAAGGGUUUCAACUCGGAACGACAUAAGCCGAAAUGGAGAAGAGUCAAGCGGGAGGUCCAGACACCCUUCUUUCCCACCUUGCCCGUUUCCGCAGGGCCAACCAAGGCCGAGCGCUCUCAAGAGUCACAGGAACAGCGAACGACCCGCUUGAAAGCUCGAAAGCGGGAGCUGGAAUACUUUGUCUGGGAACGGGUUGGGGCGAAUGAUCCGGGAGAGUCGUUUGACAAAUGGCUUAAGGGCGAUACGAAAUAAGGGCAAUACGUUGCCUUGAGAGGCUAAAAGGGUCGGUAGUAAGGGCAGGACCUUUACUGUGUUUCUUGUCGCGUUGUAUCAUAUUCUACUACUGAUACCUGGGACGCAGAUCCCAGUCAUGUAUUAUAGUCGAAGGGCUGUUCAUUUCCCUCCUCCACCUUUCCAUUCUGCACCUGCCUC